AGGGGCCAACUUUUUUUUGAGCGUAACUCGCUUAGUUUUUAUGCUAGCAACAUCCGACGAUACUUAAUAAAAAAAGACCUUUUUAGGAAGAAGAAGCAAGAUUAAAGAAACGUCCUUAAAAAUCAUACACCAUAAUAUAACAUUUUUUAUAUUUUGAGACAACGUGUAUAACAAUUCGUAAUCUGUGUUGCUCGAUAAAGGUGUUAAUUCUGUCAUCUUUUCCGAUUGUGGUUAUGUUAUGUUAUUUAUCUUAGAAUAUAAAAUAAAACUAAAAUAAAAUAAAUUAUGUUAUGUUAUUUAUGUGAUGUGUAUCUUUUGGUAUGUAGGAUAACUUAUCAUGUUUUUGUAUAAUUAUAAUUAAAAUAAAAUAACAAUUUGGAGCAAUCUUAAAAGAAGUUUAGUUUUGAUGGUACUGUUGGCUAAUUAGAGUUGUUUUCUACUGCAAACAUGCCUGAGUUAACAGAAAAAAUAGGAUUUAUAGGUGGAGGAAAUAUGGCCAAAGCAAUUUGUGAAGGAAUUGCCACAAAAGGACUAGUUUCUUAUCAGCAAGUCUAUGUGUCUGGUCCCCGCCUUGAAAACUUAUCUUGGUGGAGAGAAAAAGGUUGCCAAGUAUUCCAAGAUAAUAGUAGGAUGGUGAAGGAAGCAGAUGUGGUAUUCAUUUGUGUAAAACCACAUAUGUUUGAAAUUGCUGUAGACCAGAUAUACAAUGAAUUUUAUAAUAGUGAUAGCUCAGUGGUAUCAAAGUUGUUUCUCUCAGUUAUGGCUGGUAUCUCUUUAAAACAGUUGGAAUCACCGCUUAAUGGGAGCUUUCUACAGGGGAGAAUUGUUAGAAUUAUGCCAAAUACACCCAUGACAGUGGGGGAAGGUUGUUCCUUAUUUAGUCCAGGUUCUCUCGCCACCGAAAAUGAUGUGAAACUAGUCGAUAAACUUCUGUCUGCUACAGGAACUUGUAAACAAGUACCAGAGAAUCUCUUAAAUGCUGCUGGAGCAUUAACUGCUAGUGGACCGGCUUUUAUAUACAUGGCUAUAGAAGCUUUGGCUGAUGGAGCUGUAAAAAUGGGCGUUCCUAGGGAUCUAGCUACUGGAUUAGCAGCUCAGAUGACUUUGGGGGCUGCAAAAAUGGCACGGGAUGCUGGGAAGCACACAGGACAACUAAAAGAUGAGGUGUGUUCCCCGGGAGGGACGACUAUACAAGGAGUGCAUGCUUUAGAAAAGGGAGGAAUGAGGGCAGCUUUUAUAGAUGCUAUAGAAUGUGCGUCUAAACGAGCCGAACAAUUGGGGGAAAAAUAAAUGCAUUAUUUUAGAACAGCCAUAGUAAAGAUAAGAGGAAGUUUAUUAGCUUAAACUAAUCAUGAGAGUCGAGUCUGUUCAGAACUUGGUUCAUCAGUGCAUUUUUUUACUAAUCCAAUAUACUCUUGGGAAGAUACAGAAGGAAAUGUUAGUUCACUCUAUUCCAUCAUCUUAUAUGUACCUACAACUCUGUAUAUUUCGGUAUGAAAAUUUGGUGAUGGUGAAGUGAAGAGGACAUCGUAUAGUUGAUUUUUGCAUAGCAAUAUAUUUUUUUCAUGUUAAACUUAAAAAGCAAUUUAAAUUAAUAAAAGUUAUAUGCUAG